AUGGGAUUUCUUGGCCACAUUGUUUCUGCAGAGGGAGUUUCUGUGGAUCCGGCUAAGAUUGAGGCUAUCAGAGAUUGGCCUAGACCUAGUAGUGCCACCGAGAUCAGGAGUUUUCUGGGUUUGGCAGGAUACUACAGGAGGUUCGUCAAGGGGUUUGCUACCAUGGCGCAGCCGAUGACGAAGUUGACCGGGAAGGAUGUCCCUUUUAUUUGGUCAGCUGAGUGUGAGGAGAGCUUUAGUCAGCUCAAGGAGAUGUUGACUACUACACCAGUGUUGGCGUUACCCGAGCCAGGGAAGCCUUACAUGGUGUAUACAGAUGCUUCAGGCAUUGGUCUUGGUUGUGUGCUGAUGCAGGAGGGCAGAGUGAUAGCAUAUGCUUCGAGACAGUGGCAGGGCAGUGAGCGUAACCGUCCUACACAUGACUUAGAGUUGGGAGCAGUGAUCUUCGCGUUGAAGAUUUGGAGGUCUUACUUGCUAGGUGAGACAGUACAGGUCUUCACGGAUCACAAGAGUUUGCAGCAUAUCUUCACUCAGCCGAUGAUGAACGCGAGACAGACGCGCUGGGUUGAGUUCUUGGCGGACUAUCAGGUGAGCAUUAACUACCAUCCGGGCAAGGCUAACCUAGUGGCGGACGCGUUGAGUAGACGGAGGUAUGAUUCCGCAGUUGAGCGAGAUGUGGAGUCUCUAGUUGGCGAGAUCAGUACCUUGCGUUUGUGUGCCAUUUCGCAGGAGCCUUUGGGUUUAGAGGCAGUGGAUCAGGCGGAUCUACUUAGCAGGAUCAGAGUUGCUCAGCAGAGUGAUCAGAGUUUGCUAGAUGCGACGAGAGUGACUGGUUCUGAGUAUGAGGUCUCUGCGAAUGGGACUAUCUUGGUUCGUGGGCGAGUUUGUGUGCCUAAGGAUGUGGAGUUGAGACAUCAGAUUUUGGGAGAGGCUCACGCGAGCAAGUUUUCCAUUCAUCCGGGAGCGACCAAGAUGUACCAUGACCUCAAGAGGUACUAUCAUUGGGUCGGGAUGAAGAGGGAUGUAGCAGACUGGGUUGCGAAGUGCAACACUUGUGCCUUGGUGAAGGCAGAGCAUCAGGUUCCGGGUGGUCUUUUGCAGAGUUUACCCAUUCCAGAGUGGAAGUGGGACAGGAUUACGAUGGAUUUCGUGGUUGGACUACCUGUUUCGAGGACUUUCGAUGCUAUCUGGGUGAUUGUGGAUCGGUUGACUAAGUCUGCACAUUUCUUGGCCAUCAAGAAGACAGAUGGAGCUGCUGUCUUGGCUAGGAAGUUUGUGCGAGAGAUUGUGAGGCUGCAUGGAGUGCCAGCUAGUAUUGUGUCAGACCGUGAUCCCAGAUUCACUUCAGAGUUUUGGAGGGCGUUUCAGGCAGAGAUGGGCACUAAGGUGCAUCUGAGUACAGCUUAUCAUCCGCAGACAGAUGGUCAGUCAGAGAGGACUAUUCAGACUUUGGAGGAUUUGCUGAGGAUGUGUGUGUUGGAUUGGGGUGGCCAUUGGGCAGAUCACCUGAGCUUAGUUGAGUUUGCAUACAACAACAGCUUUCAGGCGAGUAUUGGCAUGGCUCCAUUUGAGGCUUUGUAUGGGAGGCCAUGUAGGACACCCCUAUGCUGGACCCAAGUGGGGGAGCGCAGCAUGUAUGGAGCUACUUAUGUUCAGGAGACGACAGAGAAGGUUCGUGUUGUGAGGCUGAACAUGAAGGAGGCUCAGGAUAGGCAGAAGAGUUAUGCAGAUAGACGCAGACGAGAGCUUGAGUUUCAGGUGGGAGAUAGAGUUUAUCUCAAGAUGGCUAUGUUGAGGGGUCCUAACAGAUCCAUAGCAGAGAACAAGCUGAGUCCGCGUUUUAUGGGUCCGUUUCCAGUAGUGGAGCGAGUUGGGCCAUUGGCUUACAGGCUGGAGUUGCCUGAGAUUAUGAAAGCCUUUCACAAGGUUUUUCAUGUGUCGAUGCUGAGGAAGUGUCUUCACCCUACAGAGGAGUUAGUGGCUAGGAUUCCAGAGGAUCUUCAGCCAGAUUUGACAGUGCCGGCAGUGCCUGUGAGGAUUUUAGAGAGGAGGGAAAAGGUUCUGAGGAACAAGAGGAUUCCCUUACUGAGGAUUUUGUGGGAUUGCAGUGGUUCUACAGAGGAGACUUGGGAGCCAGAGGCAAAGAUGAAGUUGAAGUUCAGGAAGUGGUUCGACAAGCAGGUCGAGGAGUGA